AGAGAGAGGGAGAGAAAAAGAAAAAUCAUCAGAUUGUUAGUUAUUUCUUUGCUGAAUAAACUGCAGAAAAGUUUACACAAUUGCACCCAACCAUAUCACCCCUAAAGCAGCACCGUCAAUACGAGAUUGUUUGUGAUCUACACCCAUGGCUGAUGUCCUGCCUUCUGCAAUUCUGGAAAUCUGUGUCGUGCUAGGAGCAUCUAGUGAAAAACUAAAAGAAAUUUCUCUGGUAGAUCAAAAAAGUAUCACUGAAUCCUUUGAGCCAGAGGUUCGAUCUGUUUACGUUCCUCCAUUUGUUAGCAAAGAGGACAGUCCAUCUGGCUGUCAGAAUAACUUUACUCAGAGACGUCGCUCAUUCAAAAAGAAAAAGGAAAUCAGACGUCCCUCUUCCUCCUCAAGUGCCACAAGUGUAGGUCUUAAAGAGCAGCAGACUGAAGAUAUAAGCGUUCCUAAGGAUAUUGAUCUUCAAGGACUACCCCAGUUAUGUUUCCCAGGUGAACUAAGCAUUGAGACUGAGCCUAAGGAUGAUCGUUAUCACUUCUUAGUGUUUACAGAUGUUUUUGGAAUAAGGACCUAUGGAGUUGCAGUUCAGUUCUACAGAUCUAUUCAGGAAAUGCAUUCUGUACAAAAUGGCCAAUCAAGCUGGAGCGCAACGCCGCAAAACUCGCGACUUUCCAGGCUGUAUGCUCCCUUCAGCAUUUGUUUAAUAUCCAAAUUCCCUUAUUAUGGAGCCUUUAAGGACUGUCUCUCCUGCCUAACAGUGCAUCUUAAAUCCUGUAGAGAUGUAGACUUUGAUUUCAGGGUGAAACAGUUUGCAGCAAAGCUGUCUUUAGUACCUAGUCCACCGCCUGGACCACUUCAUUUGGUAUUUCAUUUGGAACCUCUGCAGAUUGUGCUGCCUUCAAAACUGGACCCAAAAUGCCCUGUGGUAGAUUUAGACCUUCACACUCCUUUUCUGUGCUUCCAACCCAAACGUAUACUUCAGAUUCUGACCUGCAUAUUGACAGAACAGAGGAUCGUCUUCUUGUCAGCUGACUGGGCUUUGUUGACACUUACUGCAGAAUCUUUCAUGCUUUAUCUUCAUCCACUUCAGUGGGAACACACCUACGUGCCUAUUCUCUCAAAGGGAAUGAUGGAUUUUCUGAUGGCACCAACAGCUUUCCUCAUGGGGUGCCAUGUCGACUAUUUUAAAGAAGUUAAUUCUGAACUUGAAGGCUUGUUAUUGGUGAACAUUGACAAAGGAACAAUUACAAGCUCAAAUUUGACAGACACUGAACCAGAUAUCCCUGAAGUUCCUUUAGAAGCUGCAGAACGAUUUGUACAACGGAUUGAAAGUCUACAGAUGCACUAUGAUCUGGAACUCUCGCAUUUGGGCUCCAGCACAGAUAUUUCAGAUUUACAUAUGCGCAGAAGGAGCUGGCAACAGAAUCUUAACUCUCAAAUUCAGGAAAUGUCCUUGGAGUUAAUUGUUAAUAUCUUCAGGGAUGUGUCAGAUUAUCUUAACUAUGAAUAUCGAGUAUUUAACAGUGAUGAAUUUCUGAAGACGAGGACAAUUUCUGAUCAACCAUUUUACAAAAAGGUGCUGGAGACCUAUAUAUUCCAUUCGUUCCUUAAAGAUCGUUUGAGCAGAAGGAUGGAUACAUUCACACAGAUGGAACUCCGCACCUGCUCUGAAAUGGACAGGAUGAAAAUGCUAGAUAGCCCCCGGAGACCUACCAUGGAAGAGAUAGCUUUGAGAAGAGAACGUAACAAUGACUUUAUGAUGGUUAAACGAUUUGCAGCAAGCAUGCCAAAUUUACCAAUGGAUAUUUUCCAUGAUUUUCCUGUCUCUCCUCUGACUGUGAGGAAGUACAAGCCUGAAAAUGCCAUAAAGAUGAACAAAAAAUUAGUAAAAAUAUUCAAACUACCAGAGUUCCAGUCGCCACUGAAUUAUUCCUCUGUCAUGUCAUGGUAUAAAGAUUUCAUCAACCUCCUCAACAGGGCUAUCAAUCCUCCAGUCGGGUCAGAAAGCUCAAGCUUAUUGGCUCGGUAUUAUUAUCUCCGGGGACUGGCCUAUUUGAAUCUGGGAAAAUUUCUGCAGGCUCUCUUAGACUUCCAAAACCUUUACAAGACUGAUCUUGAUAUUUUCCCAAAGGAACUAGUGAAGAAAGUGAUCUAUGCAAUGCCUCCAGAUCAGCUCAAUCAAGCCAACCAGAAACCAGAAUUGAAACGGCUUAUCAGCAUAAUGUUAGAGAAAGAGCGAGAUGUGACAGGAUCUGAUGAUCAGGUCAAAACGUUUGAGCUGCCGAAAACGCACAUGCAUCAGGAGGAUUUUGUGAAACGGAUCCAAGAAUCUGGAAUUGUGAAGGACACCGACACCAUACUUCGGCUGUUUGAAGCCUUAACUAUUGGGCAUCAGAAACAGAUUGAUCCUGAAACAUUUAAAUACUUCUAUAAUUUCUGGAAGGAGUCUGAGACUGAGGCUCAAGAUGUCAUCCUACCUGUGGAAGUAAUCGAGCACCUGGACAAAAAUGAAUCCGUCUACAAGUUGUCAUCUUCUGUGAAGACCAAUUACGGUGUUGGAAAAAUUGCAUUGACACAGAAACGACUGUUUCUUCUCACUGAGGGAAGACCUGGUUACGUCGAGAUUGCAAAAUUCAGGGACAUCCAGGAGAUUGAGAUCAUGUCUGUGAUGUUUUUCCCACUUCGAAUCCCUGCUCUAAAAAUAAAGAGCAGUCUGAAAGAACCAUUCGUAGGAAACCUGAAGACUGAACGUGACCUUUGGCAAUUGAUUGUGAAGGAGAUGUGGGCUGGAAAAAAAAUGGCAGAUAAACACAAGGACCCACAAUACAUCCAACGAGCACUAACUAAUGUCUUGCUGAUGGACGCUGUUGUCGGAUGCUUGCAGACUUCUCAAGCCAUUUAUGCUGCUUCAAAAUUGGCCUAUUUUGAUCAAAUGAAGAAUAUGGCGGUUCCGAAAACAACUUCAGAGACCUUAAAACACAAGAUAAAUCCAUCUGCUGGUCAAACCAGUCCUCAGGCAGUGAAUGCUCUCUUGUACGCACCAGGUCAACUGCUACAAAUGGACAGAGAUGAUAAUGCAAAUCCCAAACUAUGGUGUGCGCUAAGUGAGGGGAAAGUAGUGCUUUUUGAUGCAGUAUCUUGGUCAAUUCAACAGCAUCAUAUUCAAGUGGGCAACUCAAAGUUGACCUGUAUGCUGGGAGUGGAGCGGAGCCAGGUUUGGAUUGGCUCACAAGAUUCCUCUAUCUACAUCAUCAAUACCCUCAGCAUGUCCUGCAACAAACAGCUGACCGAACAUUGCAGUGACGUCACUGAUUUGAUCUUGGAGGACAGGGUGUCAAAGUUCAGGCAGGUAUAUUCAUGCAGUCUGGAUGGGAGAGUAAUUUGCUGGGAUGUCAUCACAUUAGAAAUAAAGGCAGAUUUUCAGUUGUCCAACUGUCAUAAGCUAACUGCCAUCAAACUCCACAAUUAUAUGCUGUGGUGCUGUGUGGGAGAUGCUUUGCUGGAAGUGAAAAAAAAUGGGCAGCUCUCCCGCAAGGUUGUGUUGGAAGACCCAAAAGGGACCUAUGAUCCUUUCAGCUGUUUCCUCGUCUUUUCUGAGAAAAAUCAGUUGGUGACUGCUUCUGCUGACAAAGGAGAGGUUUGCUUUUGGGACAUGAAUAAUCUGUCCAUACCCUGUCAGAAGAUUCAGCUUCAAGACUGCACCAGUAUUAGUUGCAUUAUGUCUGUCAAAAAACAGAUCUGGAUCGGAGGAAAAGGAUUGGGCAAAGUGAAGGGAAAGAUCUAUGUGAUCGACGCAGAGAAGUACACUGUGGAAAAGGAAUUGGUGGCUCACGUGGACAUGGUUCGAGCAUUAUGUUGUGCUGAAGACAGAUAUGUUCUUAGUGGGGCUGGCAGAGAAGAUGGCAAGGUUGCUAUCUGGAACGUGGAAUAGUUUCCUUCUAUAUGUUUAGUACAUUUUGGCCCUAAUGCCACUGUAAUGAACAGGUUUCUGUUUCAGCAGAAAAGGGUAUACUUCAAGGUGUAUACAAUGUGCUAUACCUUGUGUGAGGCGUUAGAUUAUCUUCCUCUUUUCAAAGAAAAUGUUUUACCAUCAGACUCUUGACACAGAAAUAGAAUUAACAUGGCCAACCUCUCAGUUUAUUCUGUCCAUUCAAGUGAAUGUUUACAUUUAAAAACAGUGCCUUGUAUUUUCAGGUUUUAAUGUUAUUGGAAAACCUAGAUUUGUAGCUCUACAUGAAUAUUAAAACUGAAUUUAUUUUCUGUAUUUGCACAUGAACAGAGAUAUCUUACAGGACUAAACCCCUGGCAACAACAAUUCAAAACAGAUGUUGAGAAAGAAAGAUCUUGUAUUUUAUUAUGCCUUAUGUCACAACUUCUUGAAGCCUUUUUUUUUGGCCAUGACUGUCAUUACUGUCAAGUGUAGCAGCUUUUUGUGAAACCAAACCUAGCAUAUGUUGUUAUAAUUGUGGUCUUUCAUCUCCAGGGCUCACUGAUAACAGGGACCACGUUGAAUAAAUAUCACAUUUUACACCAA